AUGGCCUCCGCCGGAGGCUUCGGGGGGCUCUCUCUUCUCCUCGCGCUGUCGCUGUGCUCCGCGCUCGCAUCCACGGUCCACGGCGAGGCUCCGAGGAGGUUCUGGAUCGAGGACGACGCCUUCUGGAAGGACGGGGCGCCGUUCCAGAUCGUCGGCGGCGACGUGCACUACUUCCGCAUUGUCCCCGAGUACUGGAAAGAUCGCCUUUUAAGGGCUAAGGCACUAGGCCUGAACACAAUCCAAACAUAUGUUCCUUGGAAUUUGCACGAGCCGGAACCACAGAGCUGGGAAUUCAAGGGCUUCGCUGACAUUGAAUCGUAUCUAAGACUUGCUCAAGAAUUAGAAAUGCUCGUCAUGCUUCGUGUAGGUCCAUAUAUUUGUGGAGAAUGGGAUUUAGGGGGAUUUCCACCAUGGUUGCUCACCAUAGAACCAGCCCUUAAACUACGAUCAUCAGACGCAACCUAUCUUUCCUUGGUAAGCUGCCCAAAACAUCACCAAUUUCAGGGUUUUAUGUAUGAUACUGCCAUCAUUGCUUUGGGAUUUUCUGGAGCUAUUUUGACCAAGAUUGAAAAUGAAUUUGGUUCAUUUGGAGAUGACAAGAAUUACCUUCAUUACCUUGUUCAGUUGGCCAGACGAUAUCUGGGGAAUGACAUUGUUCUGUAUACAACUGAUGGGGGCACUACUAAUACCUUAAAGAAUGGAGCAAUUCUUCAAGAUGAUGUCUUCGCUGCUGUUGAUUUUUCAACUGGUGAUGAUCCAUGGCCAAUAUUCAGAUUACAGAAGAAAUACAACUUACCGGGAAAAUCAGCCCCUUUAAGUGCGGAAUUUUAUACCGGAUGGCUAACACACUGGGGUGAGAGUAUUGCAACAACAGAUGCCAGCAGCACAGCUAAAGCUCUUAAAAGUAUUCUAUGCCGCAAUGGUUCUGCUGUACUCUAUGUCUGUAACGAGAGCCCCUUUAUCACUGCAUUUCAUUUACAUUUUAGUUUUACUAAUUCUGUUUUUCAUGAGAUCUGUUUCCAGAUGGCUCAUGGAGGGACAAAUUUUGGGUUUUACAAUGGAGCAAAUACUGGUCAAACUGAAUACGAGUAUAAGGCAGACCUUACAUCUUACGAUUAUGCAACAUUGAGAAGAGUAAUACAUGAAUGCACUGGCACUCCUCUGCAUCCACUUCCUGCCGACAUUGAAAGAGCAAGUUAUGGGCUUGUGAAAUUACAAAAGGUUGCUUCUUUCUUUGACAUAUUUGAUAAGAUCUGUGAUCCACUGAAAGUGGCUGUUUCAGAACAGCCUCUGUCUAUGGAACUGACAGGCCAGAUGUUUGGGUUUCUACUGUAUGUGUCGGAAUACCAAGGAAAAGGUCCUUACAGCAUCCUAUCAAUUCCAAAGGUAGAAAAUAUGGGCCGUGUAAAUUAUGGGCCAUACAUUUUUGAUCAGAAGGGGAUAUUAUCUACUGUUGAAAUAGAUGGUGUGACUCUCCAUCACUGGAAAAUGUACCCGUUAUCGUUCAAUUUACUGGAAAACCUUUCGAAAUUCCAACCAAUCCAGCAGAUCACUGAUGCCAGAGCUAGCAAAGUGUCCAGUCAUGGUGGUUCACAAAAUAAGCUACGUGAUUUGUCAUUCUAUCUAAAUGGCAAAUCAGAAGAGCCAGAAUUUUAUGAAGGCCAUUUCCACAUUGACUCCAAUAGCACGGUAAAGGAUACAUUCAUAUCAUUCCGUGGUUGGAACAAAGGGGUUGCUUUUGUGAACAACUUCAACAUCGGAAGGUUCUGGCCGGUAAUGGGACCACAGUGUGCUCUUUAUGUUCCUGCUCCAAUCCUCAGAUCUGGAGACAACAUUGUUGACAUGCUCCGGGACCCGGCGGGCAACGUAAGUAAGCUGGCGGAGUUCAUGGGGUGCGCGUUCUCCGACGGGGAGGAGGCCGCGGGGGUGGUGCGGGACAUCGUGGAGCUCUGCAGCAUCGACGCCUUGAAGAACAUGGAGGUGAACAAGAAUGGUGGUCAAUUGUACGUGAAGAACGAGUCCUUCUUCCGGAAGGGGGUCGCCGGCGACUGGAGGAACCACUUGACGCCGGCGAUGGCUGCGCGGCUGGACAAGAUUGUCGAGGAUGCACUCCAAGGGUCGGAGUUCACCUUCAACGCCAUGGCUGACCGGUAG